AUGGUUGCUUUAUCCAAGGUUCUAGUCGCAGCUGGCUUCGCUCAUGGUGCAAGCGCAUGGGGCGAGUUGGGCCAUGCGACUGUAGCAUACGUUGCCCAGCACUUUCUCUCUCCAGGCACGGCAUCAUGGGCAAAAGAAGUCCUCGACGACUCCUCCAGCUCAUACCUGGCCAACAUUGCAUCCUGGGCAGAUCAUUACCGACUCACCACAGCCGGAAAAUGGUCCGCCUCGCUGCACUACAUCGAUGCCGAGGACGACCCCCCAACAACAUGCAACGUAGACUAUGAGCGCGACUGCGGAGACUCCGGGUGCUCAAUCUCAGCCAUCGCCAACUAUACCCAGCGGGUAGGAGACGGACGACUCACGCCCAACAACACAGCCGAGGCACUGAAAUUCCUCGUCCACUUCCUAGGGGACAUCACCCAGCCCUUACACGACGAAGCCUACGAAGUCGGCGGGAACGGCAUAGAGGUGACAUUCGACGGAUACAGCGACAACCUCCAUUCCGACUGGGAUACGUAUAUGCCUGAGAAGUUAGUCGGGGGCGACUCGCUUGCGGAUGCGCAGUCGUGGGCUGAUUCGCUAGUCGAGGAGAUCACUUCGGGCAGUUACGAGGAUGAGGCGCCCGCCUGGAUUAAGGGUGAUACGAUUGGUGAUGCGGUCACUUCUGCGAUGCGGUGGGCUUCGGAUGCUAAUGCCUUUGUCUGCACUGUUGUUAUGCCUGGGGGAGCCUCGGCGUUGCAGGAGGGUGAUCUGUACCCGACGUAUUACAAUUCUGCGAUUGGGACUAUUGAGCUGCAGAUUGCCAAGGGGGGUUAUCGGUUGGCGAAUUGGCUCAAUAUGAUUUACAAUACGAAGAUUGCGAAGCGGGAUCUGGAGAGGUUUGUGAAGGAGAGUCGGAAUGAUGCCCCUGCGUUGGAUCUGUUGGGUCGCGAAUUCCUUCCUGGGUCUCGUCCGCUGAGUCGGGCGAAGUUGGCCAGGGAGGCGAUGGAGGGUUCCUGUUGUAGCGCGGAGAAGCGAGGCCAUGUACACUGA